GGACUUUCACUUUACUCAAAAUAAACAAAAGGUUGGUUACAACCUAAUUGUGCAAUAUCCAGAUAUAAAAACCUAAUCAUGUAUUACACUGACAUUUUAAGGCCAUUCUGGUCAUUGGUGUCACAUCGAGUGAUUUUCUAAACAAUCAAAUGGAGACUUUAACUUUGUCAGCCAAAGAUUGCACCUUUAGGUCAUUUCGAUUCCAAUUCCAACAAAAUCAAUUCACAGGCCAAGUGCAGUGUCAGCAAAAUUUAACUCCCGAAAAUCGAAGAACGCAAAAUACAAGUACAGAAGGGGAGUCAAAAAUGGCAGAAGGAUUACCAGAACAAGUGUGUGUCAAAGCCAAGUUCAGAGUAAGUGACAGUAAAAAUGAUAAAAAUGUAAACAAAGUCAAAGACAAAAGUGAUCAACUUUCUGACAACAAUGAUUCAGAUGAAAAACCGAAAAAGAAGAAGAAAUGGAAGAAGCUACAACCAUCUGAAAUUGGAUUUAACAUUUCAUUGUUUCCCAGACCAAUUCGUGAUAGCUGUGAAUUUAAUGUGGAUGCUGACGCUUUGUGGAAUAAAAUUGAGAAUGAAUGUGAAACUGUAGAAAAAAUUAUUGAACCAUAUCAGAAUCUCAUUCAACUAGAAGGAAACAUUUCAAGAGACAAAAGAUACAUGCGAGUAGAUAGAGACAGGAAAGUUAUAAAAGCACAUAAACAAGUAAAAACAAAAUAUUGUAGAAACGUUUUGAACAAUAGGGGACGCAAAGCAAUAUAUGUUAAUCAUCGGGUGUAUAAAAUGAUGGAACUAGACUUUAAAAGACUAUGUUACAUGCCAAGUCCAAAGAAAGCCAAAAAUAUUCUUAAACGUGACAUUGCUAGAGGAAAAGACAAUUAUUCUAUAAACCCAUCAACAAAUAAACCACACCAACCAAUCCACCGAACAUUCCGACCUACCCCAGUUCAGUGUCUGGCACAUACUAUUCACAAAGACAAUUUACCAUCUGAUAUUGAUACUGCAUUGGCUAAUUUAUUAAUGGACUUACAGCAUCGAGAACUAACACCAGAGGAUUACGAUAUGUUAUUGCGUCUUGAUGAAGCUCGUGUGAAACCUAAAACUAUGUCUGUAGAUAAACUAAGUGCAUUUAAAACUGAAACAGUUGAGAACAAUAACGAACUUGAAGUGUGCCCAAUCUGUAUGGAUUUGUAUGAAAAAGGACAAAUUAAGAAAUUUUUACCUUGCCAGCAUGCUUUCCACGUAGACUGUAUUGAGUCAUGGUUAAAAAACUCUUCUAUGAACUGCCCUAUUGACAAUUUACCUAUUACUACAUGACAAACAGAGACUUUAGGUUUUUGUUUUAUUAUGUACAAUGUAAGACUCUGUAUAAAUCAGGAAGAAAUUAAUAGUUCAAAUGUUGAUAUAAGCACAGGAAUUUUGGCUCAAAUCCAAAAUUUCAGAUUGUUAUUUAUUAAAAAAGUAAUAAUAUUAA